UCCUUUUUUUUUUAUUUGCUUCCAAGAAACGAAAAGCGCAAACAAAGAGGGAGAGAAGAAGAGUACACCCCGAGGCAGAAAAGAAGAGGGGCUCACGACGCGCGACACAAGAGGCGAGCGGCGGAAGGGGAGGGAAGGAAUGCUCUCCACUCUCCAGCUUCCCGGUCUCAGGCUCUCGUCUUCGGCGCCCCGGUCUCUGGCUCUCUGAUUAGAAGAAAGGAAAGGUUGGGUUACCAUGGGUAUUUCAGCCAAGUGGAUUAAAUCACUGGUUCGCAUAAGAAAGCAGGAAAAGGGGCGGAGUUCAGAAAAUCAAGAAAAGGCACAAAAUGCCGAGAGCAGUGAAGCUAGCUCUGCUACUCGACAGCUACACAAACGAAAGCAUUCUCUGGAUCCUACAGUAGAAGAACUUGCAGUGCCUAGUGAAACAUCGACGGAUGGCACCAACACACAGUUAGCUUCAAAUUCAAUUUCAUCAGAAAGUGCAUCACGUGAUACGCAUGUUCCUCAGACCGAAGAACUUCCUAGAGAAGGGGAUUUGGCUGCAACAGUUAUUCAGUCUUCAUUUCGGGCAUUCUUGGCUAGGCGGGCUUUACGAGCACUCAAAGGUAUAGUUCUACUCCAGGCCCUUGUGAGGGGCUAUAUUGUGAGAAAGCAGACAGCAGAAACACUUCAGUGUAUGCAUGAGUUGGUAAGAGCUGAAGCUCGUGUGAGAGCAAGGCAAGCCGGUGUUGCAUUAGAAAAUCAAGUGGCACGGAAAAAGGUCCCUGGGCAAGAUGAUUGUGAGAACCAUGUUCGAGAAAUUGAGGAAGGCUGGUGUGGCGGUAUUGGUUCUGUGGCAGAAAUGCAAGCUAAAGUACUGAAAAGGCAGGAAGCUGCUGCAAAACGUGAGAGAGCGAUGGCGUAUGCAUUGACUCAUCAGCGGCAAGCUGGUUCAAGGCAACAGAAACCUACAAAUCUGCAGGGAUCUGAACUUGAUGACGACCACUGGGGAUCAAACUGGGUAGAGAGAUGGGUGGCUGCACGUCCAUGGGAGAACAGGUUACUUGACAACAGUGCCAAAGAGAGCAUGCCAGUGUGUGAUGAUAAUCAGGAUGAGGAAAUAAAACCUCAGGUCACACCAAAGGGCAAAGCGCCAACUUCAAGCACAACCACUCCUCCUAAUGGCCUCAAUAAGAAGAAAGGUGCAAGCCACAGGAAGUCAUAUUCGGAUAUAAAUUUCACUUCAUUUGGGCGAUCGUCAACUGUACUGCCUUCCACCUCUCUGGGAACAUCGAAACAGAAGCCGAAAUUGGAAGAUGAGGCUUUUGAGGAAGUCAGCUCCCAGCCCACAGAUAUAGCUCCCUUGGCUGUGCACAAUCAGAAAGAAAGGCGCGCGCAGCUGAAUACAUCGGCCAAGAAACGCUUGUCCCUGCCAAAUAACGUCGGCGGGGGAGCAGCAAAGGGGACAACCAACAGGAAUCCGAUGAACCGAUCGAGCAGUGCUAAGUCUGACCCGAAACCACGGGCGAACGCGCCCAACCAAGCCCGGAAGCAAGUCGAGUUGCAGGCCUGAUUGCACAUACUACCGUUCCCAAUCUGACCUGGGCAGAUCUGUUCCGUUCCGUUCCUGGUGUGCCGUUUCUCCAGCUGUGCAGGCUUCAUCUCCGUACAUAAUUUUUUCCGGUAAAAAGAUUGUGCAUCUAGGUUGACAGGCUGUUUCGACAUUCCCAUUGUGCAUGGUUGCGGGUUGCCGACUGUCAUUGGUGUUGUUGCGUUGUCCAUUCUUGAUUUUGCUUAUGUUUUGCCAUCUUUGUAUGCUGUUCUAACUGCUGAAACAAGUGAUUGUGCUGUUGUGCAGCCUUAAUUUUUCAUUUCUGGUGACAAA